UCAAAACAAAACAAAAACACUCUGUGCCAAGCACUGCCUACCCUAGUGCACGGGACUGCAGGAGGGGCUGUCUGGUAAACGUGUCAAGGGUAAUCCCUGCCUUCCAGGCUCUUCCACUGUGCAGUAGAGCAGAUGCUGAACAAGCAAACUUGGAACCAUGGGGCAGUGAUCAGGGACAGAGUCUCCAGAAAAAAAAACUAGGUCCCAGGCUGGAGUGCAGUUGCAUGACGUGGCUCACUGCAGUCUCAAACUCCCAGGCUCAAGUGAUCCUCCCACCACCUUCCAAAUACCUGGGACUCCAGUCACGUGCUACCACGUCUGGCUAAUUUUCAUAUUUUUUGGUGGAGAUGGGGUCUUGCUGUAAUGCCUGGGCUGGUCACGAACUCCUACGCUCAAGUGAUCCUCCUGCCUCGGCCUCCCAAAGUGCUGGGAUUACAGGCGUGAGCCACUGAGCCCGGUCAUGUCCUUUGCUUUCUUGAAUCUCCGUGUGUCUCUACCUGUUUGUCUCUCUGUCUAUAGCUGUCUCUCUUUUUCUCCAUCUCUCUGACCCAGCUGCUAAAUCUCCCCGGUGCUCUCCUCUUGGCCUCCAUCUUUCAGUUGUCUGUGUCUUUGUGUAUCUGUCUCUGUCUGUCUUGGUGUCUCUCAUGACUGUCUGGAGAAGUCUCUGAGCCUCGCGCCCGCGUGUCCCCGCAGCUGUUUGAGGGCAUGAAGGCGUUCAAAGGCGAAGACCAGCAGGUGCGCCUCUUCCGCCCGUGGCUGAACAUGGACCGGAUGCUGCGCUCAGCCAUACGCAUGUGCCUGCCGAGUUUUGACAAGUUGGAGUUGCUGGAGUGCAUCCGCCGGCUCAUCGAAGUGGACAAGGACUGGGUCCCCGACGCCGCCGGCACCAGCCUCUAUGUGCGGCCUGUGCUCAUUGGGAACCAGCCGUCGCUGGGUGUCAGCCAGCCCACGCACGCGCUCCUGUUCGUCAUUCUCUGCCCAGUGGGCACCUACUUCCCUGGAGGCUCCGUGACUCCGGUCUCCCUCCUGGCCGACCCAGCCUUCAUCCGGGCCUGGGUGGGCGGGGUCGGCAACUACAAGUUAGGGGGGAAUUAUGGGCCCACCGUGUUAGUGCAACAGGAGGCACUCAAGAAGGGCUGUGAACAGGUCCUCUGGCUGUAUGGGCCCGACCACCAGCUCACCGAGGUGGGAACCAUGAACAUCUUUGUCUACUGGACCCACGAAGAUGGAGUGCUGGAGCUGGUGACGCCCCCGCUGAAUGGUGUCAUCCUGCCUGGAGUGGUCAGACAGAGUCUACUGGACCUGGCUCAGACCUGGGGUGAGUUCCGGGUGGCGGAGCGCACGAUCACCAUGAAGCAGUUGCUGCGGGCCCUGGAGGAGGGCCGCGUGCGGGAAGUCUUUGGCUCGGGCACCGCUUGCCAGGUCUGCCCAGUGCACCGAAUCCUGUACAAAGACAGGAACCUCCACAUUCCCACCAUGGAAAAUGGGCCUGAGCUGAUCCUCCGCUUCCAGAAGGAGCUGAAGGAGAUCCAGGUGAGCUGCAGGGAGCCGGGGAAUGGGCUGGGAGCUUGUUCGCUGGAGAAGUUGGUGUCCCAUGAGUCCCUGGACUAAGAGCCAGCCUACUUCAGUAGUACCAGGAACAGAUAAUGGCCUUUCUUAUUGAGGCCCUGGAGAAUGGGCUUUCUGUGCUGCUGUGUGCCCUGGAAAACCCCUUGGGGCUAAAUCACCCUUUCCUGUGAGCUCCCGGAGCCCUGGAUAUGUCUUUGGCUUUGGAAACCCCCUCCUGUGAUCCUCUGUGGCUCCUGGGUGCCCUGGUGGGAGAAACUCCCUCCCUGUGAUCCUCUGCUGCCCCUAGGUGCCCUGGUGGGAGAAAGGCCCUUUCCAUGAAUCUCUGAGACCUUAGCCAGCCCUCUGGCCAUCUCAGAGGUUGGCCUCCCAAGAUUCCCUGGAGCCCUGGGCUAUCCCUUUGGCCGGAGAAAGCUUCCUCCCAUGAGCCUCUGGACCUUGGCCCCUCUCUGGCACCAGACUGUUUAAUCCCAGAAAUCUCUGGGGCAUUCCCGUCUUCUGGGCCAAGAUGUCUUUCCCAAGAAUCUCUGGGCUCCUUUCCCAGACCUAGAGCUACAUUUCUGUAAACUUUUGUGCAUCAGGACCUAGAACUAUACAUCCUCUGACUAUCUGGGCUUUCUGAGCUGAAAGUGACUUUUUCCAAGAGCCUUAGAGGCCUGGCCAUAAUUCUUGUCUUCAAAACUGCAUCUCCCGGAAGCCUCUGCGCCGCCUUAGCCUUGGUUCCCAGUUCCCAUCAUUGUUGGG